AUGCGCGGCGCGGUGCGCGUUCUUCUCUCGCGUUUCACUCGCAACGAGUUCAACCUCGAGUCCAAGUCGACCAUUGGUGUCGAGUUUGCUACCCGCAGCAUUAACGUCGACGGCAAGACUGUCAAGGCGCAGAUCUGGGACACUGCUGGCCAGGAGCGCUACCGCGCAAUCACCUCUGCCUACUACCGCGGCGCCGUCGGUGCUCUCCUCGUGUACGACAUUGCCAAGCACUCGACCUACGAGAACGUGACCCGCUGGCUCAAGGAGCUGCGCGACCACGCGGACCAGAACAUUGUGAUCAUGCUCGUCGGCAACAAGUCCGAUCUUAAGCACCUCCGUGCUGUCUCGACCGACGAGGCCAAGGCCUUCUCGACCGAGCAGGGCCUUUCGUUCAUUGAGACCUCGGCAUUGGACGCCAGCAACGUCGAGUCUGCGUUCCAGAACAUCCUCACCGACAUUUACCGCAUCGUGUCCUCGAAAUCGCUCGAGUCGUCAGGCGACGUCAUCAAGCCCUCGGGCGGCGAGACCAUCCUCGUCACCCCCACGGCCGACGACGGCGGCGCCAAGCAGGGCGGCAAGUGCUGCUAA